UCCACAGCAUGUCAACUGGCAAGACUGGCAAGGUCGUCGACGGUUGGUUUACAGAGAAUGACGACUUAUGGCCAGGACAAGCUAUGUCUUACAAAAUCGACGAAGUUCUCUACGAGGGGAAGUCGAAAUUUCAAGACAUUCUCGUCUUGAAAACGAAACGAUUUGGCAACCUGCUCGUUCUUGAUGGCAUCGUGCAGUGUUCCGAGAAGGAUGAAUGUGUGUAUCAAGAGAUGAUGACACAUCUACCAUUGUUCUGUCAUCCAAAUCCGAAAGCGAGGUCACACCAGUUGGUGUUCCAUUGCAUUGGUCUUACAAGAUAA